UGUGUGCAGUCGGCAGUACUGGUGUUUAUUUCGGAUGAUCACAAGCUGAGCAACGAAUUUUCCUUCCAAGUCUUUCAGGAGAACGUUCUCCGGUAGUGUUGAAGUGUGUGGUGUUUGAAAAUGCGCGAAUGCGGCAUUUUUGUAUUGUAAACGCCAGCCUCAAAAACAAUAUUGAAUAUCGUAGUUAAUGAAUAGUGCAGUUUUAAUAAAACGUAAAAAUUGAGCUUGAGUGGCCAUAAGUUGUGUUUUAGUCGGGUAAUUGACACGUAAUGUCUGUUAUUUGAUCUCUUAUGUGUAAACCUUUUUCGUGAUCAACAAAUAAAACGGUAUUUAUUUCGAAUUUAUGUAUACGUAUUUAAAAAUGGUGCCCAAGUGUAAAGAAAGAAAGAAAAACGUCCAAGGUUCUUAUCGCUGAAAUGGACUCAAUUCAGGCCCUACCCUAGCGGCAGUGAUAACAACGCAAGCUGCUCCAACGCUGACCGGUUUCCAAGUAUGUGCGUACAUAGUCGAAAAAACAUUUACUGUCCCCGUCUCGCUGCUGGGACAGUCGAAGUGUGUUGAUUCGCCAGUGAUUGUGCUGUGUUGCUGAAACCGAGGGCUUCAACCUAACACUAAGAUCAACCGACACAGAGUGUUGCUAGGAUGGAACGCACUGGGAGGCCUAUGAUAGUCCCCAGACAGUACGUUGGUGCUUUGGUUUUAGUUUGCCUAAUUCAUUCGGUUUGCUCCGUUCCGUGAUUUUGUGAAUGAAAAUACGGAAUAUAAUGCCUGCUUAGAGUGUGUGAUCGCCAGUGUGCAUGCAUGUGAGUAUUAAAGUGUGCGUGUGGUUGUAUGUGUGUGUAUGAGUGUGUGGACGUAUUCGCGAAGACAAUCAACUUCAUUCAAGUCAGUCGUGUGAGAAUAGCACAGUCGCACUGUUAGCAAUAAUGUCCGAUCGCAUGGGCUUCUCACAGGAAGGCAGUAAAUGCGACAGGAAGAUUUGGUAGAGAAGGUGGAAAGGCAAUCGAAGAUCCACGAAUUAAUAUGCUAGUCAGUCGCGGCGCACGCAUGCAACCCUAAACCAUUGCCGGCAUUACAGCAAUGCUGGAAUGAUGUGGGAGAAACAAAGUGAGGAACACAGUGUCGAGCCACUCGGUUGCUAGAUUGCCUUUACAUGCGGUAGGGAUGGGAAGGGAGUUUCAUCGCCGAUGCGUAGUGCUACUGUGGAAGAGAAGAGAUGUAAAACGAAUUGAAACACAGAUGGGAAAAGAAUAUUGAAGGCGAAGAAGAAAAUAACGAUAGUGAACGCGCAUCGCGCAUGUUAAACCGAACUGGAAGCGAAAGAAACGAAGCACAGCACUACGGAGAGACGAAAGAGACAAAGAGUAACAACAGAACCUACCACAGCCCGCAAGCAAACAAACACGUACGAUCGGGUGGACAGUGUUGAAGGGAAAGCAGACUGUAGUGCAAGUAGAUUGUGAAGAAGCAGAACGGGAAUUGAACGACGCGCGACGAUUUGCUUGUAAUGGAAACAACGCUCGGCUAAUGGUGGAAGGCGCCUUGAGGCGCGGUCGAUCCGUUCAUUCAUAAAAUCUUCAUUUGAACGCUUCUUUUCGGUGCUUACAAUGUAUCAGAUUGCAACAAUUAAUUAUGUGAAGUGAGUUUUGAUAUAUCCUGUAGAGUGCUGUGUUCGCGCUUAAAAGAGUUUCUUACUUGUACCAAAAGCAUCGCCAGUGAGUAGGUUGUGAAAUAAACAAAUCUUUAGCUUUAUGAAAGUGCACCACGCCAGUGUAUAGUGCAACUGAUUGGGUUUCGAGCCAGGUUUUUUGGCGUGUUAUGUACGAUUUCAGCCGUAUAGUGCAGUGUAUUUGUUUGCAUUAUUUAUGUGAAUAUAGUGUAUAAUAAGAACAAGUGUAUAUCUAGGCCCUAAAGAGUUUCGAUGAGACUGUGUACAGUAGCUUUCUGUACUGUCGCGUUUUGCUGAUAACUGAUUUUGUGCAGCUGCAGCACUUAUCACUGGUUGGGAUUGGUGACAAAAGUCGGUUCAGUUUAAACUUCCAUACCCGUGCUAAAAAAAAAGAAAGAAGCAGUGAGAUAUUAUAAGAUUCGCAAUACACGGACGCUUCAACCAGCGAAGAACGAUCUUCUACUGGCGGGACAAGCGCGUGAUUGCGGAGGUACAGUGGAACUAGAAUAUGAUGAUAAGGCACAUCCAAGCAAUGGAAACGGACCUGGCAUACGAGGUACUGGCGGAUUAUUCGCUGCAAGAGACCCCCUUCUACGAGGCUCCGACACCAACGGCAGCUGUUAGUGUCAACUUCUAUCCACCACCGAACGAUAUCCAAUCGCCCCAUCAAAGCGGUCCUCAGCAGUCCCGCAGUUUGAACAACACAGCUCGUUGCUACGAUACAGCAUUUGAUCUUUCGCUGACUACAUCUAUGUUAACUGGCAAAAUGCAGCUUAUGAACACGGGUAGUGCUACAACAUCGGGACCAAGCGUCGGGGCAAUAGGUGCUUCUGGAGGAAUACAUCAGAACAAUCACCAAAAUCAACACCAAACCGGAAUGGCGUUGGUUCCGAUGGGUGUUUCUAACCUUAGCUCUGGAUCAUCAUUAACAUCAUCAAUUUGUAGUGGAGGCAACGGUGAAGGCCUGACGAGGCCGAAGAAAAUGAAGAAAUCCGUCAGUUUUCUACCAACCUUUGUACAAGGCUGCGAUGGCGAUUCAGGUUCAAUACAGCUCAAGCAGGAACCGUUGGACGAUGGACCUAUACGAAAUAUUCAAAAGGUACCAAGCCUUUCCGAUCUGUCUGAUCCCGAAGCAUCACUUGAUGUCCCAACACAGAUGCCACCUUUGACGCCGGGUACAAACAAAAAACUGACUGAAGUACUCUACGCAUCAUUCGCUUCUUGGGAGAAGGAAGUACAGACAUUCAAAAUUACCAAAGAUCCUCGGCAAUGGACAGCAGAACAUGUGCUAAUAUGGUUGAACUGGUCGAUCAAAGAAUUCUCCCUCGAGGGUGUGAACAAGGAGCCGUUUCAAAAAAUGAGUGGCCGCGAUAUAGUCGGUCUUGGUCGCGAAGGAUUUCUAGCUAUUGCACCACCAUUCACCGGAGAUAUUCUAUGGGAACACUUAGAAAUACUACAAAAAGAUUGCGAAAAGGCGCUUCUAGAGCACAGUUCUUCAGUUAACAAUGGUGGGUACGAUGCGUCCUGCGGGCAGGCGGCUGGCAGUGUUGGCGUUAACGAACUCAAUGAGUACAACAGUACCCUUCAGCGGUUAAGUGGCCAGCAGCAAGAAUUUGGAAGAGGGAAUGGCUCGAGUAGCAAUAGCAACAGCAGUAAUACUCCCGCAUCUACCUCCAGCACAACUCCCGGCACGACCACUCCAAACAGCAGUAGUACUACCAACACCAGCAGCGGCAGCAACGGAGCGUACGGAUCAGUUCAUGAUCGCAGUACAAAUGAUCGUUCACCGCCACCUCUAAUAACUUCGAGCGGAGGUAACGUAGCAAACGGUAGCACUAACGGCAGCAGUAGCACAUCUUCCAUGGCAUCCUACCUGUCGUCCCUCGGCUCACGGGGUCCGCUAAAUGGGGGCAACAGUUCGGGAACAGGAGGGUCCGUCUACCAUCAGCAGUCAGGGAGCGGUGCUGCGAUGAAGGAGGAGCAAGAACCAAACAGUUUCAUUAACAUUGAUGAUCUGCCGAACUAUGGAGUUGUACCCGCCCAUUAUGACGAUCAGGAUCAGUACCACUCGCUGCCAGCACCGGAAACCCAAACGACUUCACACGGAUACCUCGAAAACAGUCCCGAGUUUUACUCAGCCAUCCAAAUGGAACAAAAGUACAUGCCACCGCACUACAAAUCGGGUCCCUAUACUAGCCGAGGAGGUCGCUAUCAUCAGCCACACCACCACAGCAGCAAUGCCAGUGGCGGAGGAGGUGGUGGUGGCGGAGGAGGUGGAUCGGGAAACCAGCAUACACAGCAGCAGCACCAUCAACAGCACCAGCAGCAGCAACAGCAGCAACAGCAGCAGCAGCAGCAACAGCAGCAGCAGCAGCAACAUCAGCAUCACCAUCCUCAUCAUCAUCCACAUCACCAUGCCCACCAUCAUCCCGCCAGCCAUCAUCAGACGGGUCACCACCCUGACAGCGGUUAUCCUGAGUAUGGAUCACCCUACGAUACCCCUCCGUUCCAGACCGUUCCGAGCAAUACGACCUCACCGCAAAGCUCGGCUACUUCCGGCAACGGAGGGCCAGGUGGUCCCGGAGGAGCAAAUGGAAGUGGUAACAGCAACAAUAAUAACGGAGAUCUGCUCGGCGGUCAUGUUGUAGAUCCAUGGAGCUUACACCAUCCUGGGCAGCAUCCGCACGCCGGGGCACCCCAUCCAUUGCUGGACUUUCAACACCCGGCGUAUAUGGGCACGACCAUGGGCUUCGACAAGACGAUGCUAGGCACGUAUGGAGCUCAAGGUGGUGCACCGUGUUUUACCGGCUCCGGGCCCAUUCAGCUGUGGCAGUUUCUUUUGGAGCUGCUAACGGACAAAACCUGCCAGAGCUUUAUCUCCUGGACCGGAGAUGAGUGGGAAUUCAAGCUGACCGACCCGGACGAGGUCGCACGGCGAUGGGGUGUCCGGAAGAACAAACCAAAAAUGAAUUACGAAAAGCUGAGUCGCGGCCUCCGGUACUAUUACGAUAAGAACAUCAUUCACAAAACGGCCGGCAAACGAUACGUGUAUCGAUUCGUAUGUGAUCUUCAAACACUGCUGGGCUAUUCAGCAAAACAGGUGCACGAAAUGGUUGAUCUCAAACCUGAUAAAAAGGACGAUGAAUAGACUGUGUGAAAUAAGCGGAACUAACACACUCGAACAUACAUACACAAACCCACCCACACACUCACAUACACACACACUCUGUAACUAUCGUUUCGAGCAAGUGCGGCUUGAUAAUACUGAUCUCCUACUUCUUCUCCCGAGCCACAAUCGGAAAACGGGAAAAUUGCUUCUCUAACCACAAGGCGAAGAAAAGCAUCUAACUAUCUAGCGAUGGAAGAAAAUGCGCGCAUCAGAUGUAAAUGACUAACGCGAAGAAAAGUGACUACAAAAGAUUUCCCACCAAAACAAAAUGUAAAACAUUACCGCUAACGGACAGCACGCCCAUUUGUACACUACGAAAUUGUACAUGCUAGUCUCUUUCGAACGAGCACGUUAAAAUGCAAUUGAAUGUGUAAAUUCACUAUUCUAAAACCGAUCUGUAACGUUAACGGUCCACUAGAGCAUGUUUUGGUUCCUUUCAAAAGAAUUAUUUAACGUGCUUUUUUGCAGAUUCACUGUAUGUAGCUCCUUUUUACGAUGCAGAGGCUAUUCUUUCGCUGAUGGGAGCGUUGAUUGUCGUAUCAGUGAACAGAGUAUUAUAUUUGUUUUACCAUGUAACGAGGAAUGUGUACAGAAACGAGGAAUGUGUGUUUUAUCAAACAGCAACAAAAACACAACAAAUAGCGAUUAGUAAUUUACGAACAAAAAGCUUCCAAACCCGACGAACAAAAACACGUUAUAUGGUGUGCUGAGUGCAAAUAAGUAAAAACAACACAAAAAAACAUGUUAGCUUAGGAAAUCAAGCAAGCCCCUAUAAGUUAGUGAUGAGGUAUGAGACAACUUACAAACAUCUACUUAAGCACUACGCCACAACAACGCCGACACGAGCAUGGGCACCACACGAACAACAUGGAAUGGUCCUGUGUUUGAGACAUUUAAUUAAAACACUGUUAGUUGUAAUGUGUAAAGUUAAUACAAUCAAUCAAAUUAAAUGUGUGGCUUUCCAAAAGUGCAUUUUAGAUGUAUGCGCUAUACAGAGUCUGGGAGAUACAACAGUGGUUACAAGAUCAGAAAAGAAGCCUACAGGAUCUUGAAAUGCAAGUUAGUUAAACCAAUUUCGAAGCUUUGUGAUAAGUUUUUAUUGAUAGGUUUUUUUUUAUUAUAUGUAAGUUUUUUUUGUCUGUUUAACAAUAUUCCUGCAAACAAACAUGGAACGGUCCCAACGGUCACAGGCAGUUCCAAUCGCGUGCCCAAUCUACUAUCUUACUACUUAGAAUUGCCUUGGAAUUUUGCUUUCGUAUUACAGUUCCAAUGGAACAUUGCUUACAUUUGAUUUUUAUUUCUUGUUUUCUCUUUCAAUCUUUUGCUUUUUCUGGUUGGUUCCCUUAUUGUUCUAAUCUUUUAUUGCUUAAUAAUAAUCGGCAAUGAAAGUAAUAAAUUUUGCUUGCACUUGCAAGGAAUCAAGGAUAAUUCAGAUUGCGAAUAAAAACAAAUAUAUUAUGGCAUAACAGCAGUAGCAGAAAAAAACAAAAACGUUUCAUGUUAACAACAGUGUUAACAGAAUAUUAACAAUAAAAAUAAUAAUAAUAAUAAUAAUUACAAUUAUAAAAAAAAAAUCGGGAAGGGGAGGAAAAGUCGCAAGCAAUACAGCUUUUACCGUUAACAUCCUCAUCUUGAAAGUUGCACUACACAUCUUCGUUAAUGUGUACUUCAAUUCUGAGUGCCUCGUUUCCAUCAACAAUAGAUUUCGGCAAGGCCGCUAUUCAGAUUUGGGUGGUGCAUUUUGUUUUAUUUUGUUUAUUUCAUCAUUUGUGUUAUUUGUUUUAAACGUUAUUGCCCCGACGGUAAUAUGAAGCUAUGUAAAGAUUAAAUAGAGUACAGGAAAAGAGAAAAACGAUCAAACCCCUAUUAAGAUUGUUUGGAAAAUACAAUUUGAGAUCAAAUCAUGACUGUCAUGAUAUCGGCGUCCAUGUUUUUGUUUUGCAGGCCGUAGGUAAAAAUCAGAAGCACACAACAGGCACACGAAAAACAAAGCUAGUUAACCCAAGUAUAAACUGCUACAACAUAUACAGAGUAUAUGCACGAGUUGAUUGUAAGUGAACUACGACAAGCUUCAUGAUACAACAUUCAAACGAUAAUUAUGGGUUUAAUCAGUCUCAAAAGCUGUAACUAUUUGUUUGUCGAGCACUCUAUCGUUGUGUCUGAGGACAAAAGUACAAUCAAUCUGAUCAGGCUAGAGCAAUCGAACCAACGAUAUCCACUAACAUUCACGCUAAAUAAUUGCAUCGCUGUAGGAGAGAAACCGAUUGGAGUCAAAUUGUCAAAAAAAAAAACUUUGUGUGUGUUUGUGUGUAUUUGUAUACUUGUCGGCCGUGUGCAGUAAUUCAAACUAUAUGAGCAUUGUAACAAAAUAUCACAUCCAUCAAACAGUUAGAUGGGUCGGUAGCGUAAAAUGAUGUAGUAAAGUAAAAACGUUAAACGCAAAUGCAGGUUACUAUAAAUUGAUGUAAAAACAAGUAAAACAGUAGUAAAGUAAAACGACGCAGAGAGGAACAAAAAAGAAAAUAAACCCUUAUUUAGUGGUAAGGAAAAGAUAAGUAAUUAUUGAAAAUAAUAAUAAUAAUAAAAAAUAUACAAAACCAAA